UGCAUUCUGUUUUUAUUUACAAUUUGUACUUUGUCCCAACUUUUUUGGAAUCGGGGUUGUACAUCAGUCCGUGCAUUUACAUGCACAUCCAAAUCGAGUUACUGUCGGUAAUCAAGCUAAGGGUCCCAGCAGGGGUGCCAGAGAAAUCCAAUCCUACAUGCACACAAGGAAAUCGAGCUAUUGUGUGAGGUACAUUGUGCACCCGAGCCACAGGUGGCGCUACACGCCCCAUCGUGUUGGUACACUUCCGGUUGUCAUCAUGAAGAAGAGCUAUUCAAGAGUGUAAACAAAGUUAUCAGUUCCGUGUUCACAAGAAGAACGACGACGAGGACAGCAACAUCGAGAGAGAGAGAAGAUGGACAACAACGAAGCAGCUCAGCACUUGCUGAACAUUCUGUACACCAUUGCGUUGUACUUGAACUAUGCGCGAAAUCUUGCAAUAAUGAUUGUUGAAGAAGGAAGGAGACAUCGUCAGAUGAUACUGGAUGCUGCCUACCAAACAACCGAUGCAUUUAUUCAGCUCAACCGUCAAGUACUUCUACCCCAUGUUUCGCGCUCAUGUUGGAUGCGGGUGAGAAGCAAAGACUGGUGGGAGAGGGUUGUUUUGAAAGAGUUCACAGAUAGCGAAUGGAAGGAGAAUUUCCGCAUGUCUCGCUCAUCAUUCAACCGGUUGUGCACCUUGAUGCAAGACGUUAUGAGACCCAACGACCUUACUGUGCGAGCACCGAUACCCCUGCAGAUGAGAGUCGCCAUUGUUCUGUACAAACUUGCGAGCUGUGCAGAAUAUAGACUCAUAGCCAACCAGUUUGGUGUACAUAAAAGCACAGUGAAGAAGUUUGUCUACGCCUUUUGCAAAGGAAUGGUGGCGACCAUCAUCCACCAACUAAUCAAGGUGCCCACAGCAGAGGAGGCCUCUGCCAUCGCACGAAGAUUUGAAGAGAAAUUUCUCAUUCCUCAAAUCAUUGGCUGCAUCGACGGCACACACAUUCCGCUGUUGCCGCCAAGUGAUGGCUACAAAGACUUUGUGAAUCGAAAAGGGUGGCCUUCCUAUGUACUGCAAGCGGUGGUGGAUGAUAUGUACCGGUUUUGGAACAUCAACUGCCAGAUGCCAGGAUGUGCGCAUGAUGCCAACGUCCUCAGGCAGUCGGCAUUGUUUACUGCGGCACAUCAGCUACCAAAGGAGCCGAGAGACAUUAACGGAACGUCGAUCAACCUCUUCCUGCUUGCAGAUCCCGCAUACCCAUUCAUGACCUGGUUGAUGAAGGGCUACACCCAUUCACCACGACUUACAGCUGAGCAAGAGUCCUUCAACGUAUACCUCAGUUCAGCCAGAACUACAGUGGAGAUCGCUUUCGGAAGACUGAAGUCACGCUGGCGCGUGUUGAUGAAGAGGAGUGAUUUCCACUUUACAUUCACACCACAUGUCAUUGCCACCUGUUGUGCACUGCACAAUUUCUGUGAGCUUCAGAAGGAGACGGUCAAUCCUGUCUGGAUAGAUGAAGCGGACCGCCUCGGACACCAGUUGCCACAGCCCAUUGCCCGAGCCCACAACGCACCCGAGGACUCUAGUGCUCAGGCUGUUAGGCAUGCUCUAACAGACUACAUGGCUGCAAACUUUCCUCUGCGCAGACCACUGUUUUAGACCACUGUCUACUCAAUUUGCGAAGCGGACCACCUUGGACAUCAGUUGUCGCAGCCCGUUGCCUAGGCCCAGAAUGCACCCAAGGACUCUGGUGCUCAAGCUGUUAGGCUUGCUCUAACAGACUGUAUGGCUACAAACUGUCCUGCGCAGACCACUGUUUUGUAAGACAACUUAUUUUGCACAAUUGUAUAUUUUUCUAAAGUCCAUUUUUUGCUUACAGUUUAACUUAUGUCUUAAUAAACACACAAAAAGUUAAA